AUGACUGAGCAGUACGAAACGACCGUACAGCUCGCGAACGAGACAAAGCGGUCCCUUAAAGAGAAGAAGGGAGAAAUGCAAAAGCUCGCUGCUCAUGUUGCAGAGUUGGAUAGCAAAUGCCAGUCUCUGGAACUUCAAUCCAGGGAGAUGGUCCAUCGUUCUCAACUGGAGAGGGCAAGUGACCAACUACAGAGAUCACAAGAGAUGUGUCAAGAUAUUAGCGAUAAGCACAAUGAACUUGAGCAGGAGAUGAGGGACAUGGUUGACCGUGUAGUAUACGAGGCAGUCUACCAGGAAAGCGAGGUUUCAACGAGAAAGUUUCUUGAGGCUGAUAGAGAGCUUGCACAUGUUGGUGAGCAACUGCAGUCCACGGAAGUUGUUCUUGAGGACGCGCUGCGUGACAAGGAGACGUUGAGCGAACGUGUAAAAGUCUCAGAAGAAGAACGUCUGGCUGCGUCAGACAUGCUACACAACUACGCUGCAUACAUCGAACAGCUGCCCUCGCUCGAGGAGUUUACACAAACAUCCUACAUGCUCCAAGAGUCCCAGGACAUCAUCGCUCGCCAAUAG